GUUCAGCAGCAUUACCUAACAGCUUGGACUGCGACGGUGAUCAAAUCGGAACAGCACAACAGUGUCAAUUUUAUACUAGUUUUAAAUUUUGCUCCCCGAUUCUUUAGCCUUGGGAUUCUUCAGGAAAGGCUAUGAAGGCUGCUACAGGCCUGCUUAGGCUGGCUUUGGGCCUCGCUUUAUUUCUAUUAGCGCAAUGUUCUCCACUGCAACGCAAGCCACAUGUUCUCAAGAAACGCGACGACAUGCUGAGCUAUUACUGGGACCAGAAAUUGCCCUUAGGCUUCUUUGUUAAUGGUCAAGGAGGUUUAAUGGGACCUCCAGGGCCACCAGGACCCCCAGGGGCCCCUGGUUAUAUGCUUGGUGGCAGUGGAAGUGGAAGUGGUGAUGCUGUUGCUCGAGGGGGAAUUCCUGGACCUCCGGGGCCCCCGGGACCUCCUGGUCCACCCGGGCUUGGUGGUGCUUCUGCUGGUGCUCAAGAAACCAUCACCUGCGAGGGCGAGAAGGAAUGGAUUGAGUGUCCACAGUACAAAGUUAUCAAAAUCAGCUCUGCAUUCUGGGGUCGAGAUGAUGAUGCUACAUGCACCACAAACGGCGUUCAACACGGACUCAGCACCUCGGCCAUGUGCCCUCAGGACGAAUCCAACACUAUGACCAAAGUUGAAGGACAAUGUAAAGACGAGCAAGCCUGUGAACUAGCAGCAACCUCCACCUUCUUUGACAAGACCGAUUGUGGACAAGUAUAUAAAUAUCUACGUGUGAAAUACGAAUGUCUGCCUAGCGAAUCAAGAGUCAAAGCAGCAAUUCAAAGAUCAAGAAUAAGCGGUUAAUUUGAUUCUGCAUUUGACUGACAUUUACUCUAUCACAUGAUAGACCACUGACAAACGAUUCCACCGCCUUAUAUGGUUGUGCUGUUCAACGGAUCUGGGACUUCUACUUAGUUAACGUGCGUUUAUGAGCUUGUUAAUCGCUAGAUCAGGAAUUCAAACUUAAUGAGCCUAUUGGGAGUACUGAGAAAACCGUUUUUCUCAACACGAUGCGCUUGACUAACUGUUAAACUAUAAAGGAUUGGAGAACGUUCAUAGCGAUAAACAACCUUACGUUAGAUGGUUUAAAGCGUUUCGUUUAAAGAUGGAGGAAAGAUAAAAUAGAGCUUCCAUGCUAACAUGGUGUAAAUCGAUCGUCCAGCAGGGAAGUAUACGAUAUUCUAUUCCGUCAUAUUGCACAUUCUUUUUCAAUAAUUUCAAAUGUGUAUAUAGUUAUAUUUCUAAAACUCGUUUCACUAUUUCGUGAAAUAGAAAUCCUUGUAAAAAUUACCAGCCAUUCCAAUAGGCCAUCGUAAGCACUGUAUUGUACUGACCACAAAACGCGGUGAGACGAUUACAUGAUGUGCUGUAGAAUCUGAUAACAUAGGUGACCAUACAUGUCACUAGCUCGCGACGUUGUUACGUCUUUUAUGUAGCCCCCUAUGAAUUACAACAUUAAAGCUUUAUGGUCUUCUAAGA